UGGGGACUCGUGUCACGUGAAUCUGUACCGCGUGAGAAGAAGAAGACGCGCUGUCUAAUGACGAAAAGAGUGAAGAGCAGCAGAGCUUUGAGGGGAGCAGCGGGAAGGAUGUCGACAUAUUAUUGACUUGUGUUGAGUGUCGUCGAGACGAGCGAACAGCGCCGUGUGUUUUCUUCUGGCACAGCAGCAGUGAGAAUGACAGAAUAUAAGUUAGUGGUGGUUGGUGCAGGUGGUGUGGGCAAGAGCGCUCUGACCAUCCAGCUCAUUCAGAACCACUUUGUUGAUGAAUACGACCCAACCAUUGAGGACUCGUAUAGGAAACAGGUGGUGAUUGAUGGAGAGACAUGUCUGUUGGAUAUCCUGGAUACUGCAGGUCAGGAAGAGUACAGUGCAAUGAGAGACCAGUACAUGAGGACUGGAGAGGGCUUUCUCUGUGUCUUUGCCAUCAACAAUACCAAGUCUUUUGAGGACAUUCAUCAGUACAGGGAACAGAUCAAGAGGGUUAAAGACUCAGAUGAUGUGCCCAUGGUGCUUGUGGGUAAUAAAUGUGACUUACCAGCACGCACUGUGGACACAAGACAAGCCCAGGAACUCGCCCGCAGCUACGGUAUUCCCUACAUUGAAACCUCAGCCAAGACAAGACAGGGAGUGGAAGAUGCCUUUUACACUCUUGUCCGUGAAAUCAGGCAGCAUAAGCUGAGGAAACUGAACCCGCCGGAUGACAAUGGCCAAGGCUGUAUGAACUGCCGCUGUGUGGUGUCAUGAUCCUGUGAAUGUGCAUGACGUGGCUUUUAGAGCGGUGCAGCCUUCCAGACCACAAACACUGCAACACCUACACAGAUGCUGGACGUUUAGAGCAGACUGUGUAAAAGGGAAAUCUUUAAUCUGGCAGCCCUGCAGUCUUCUUAGGGAUGUUCCCGUCUCGCUCCUUCACUGGAGAUGAAAUAAGUUGUACCUCAUUUUAACGGUCUCAACACUGGAGUUGCUACGACUGGAUGAAGCUGUCACACUUAAAUAUAUUUACAUUAAACAAACUAUCUACACUUAACUGGAAGUAAUAGCUCAGAAAAUAACCUCUCAUAUUGCUUUGUCAGAUGUGGAUGUUAGAAAAACACUUUACGAGAUGGAGAGGAGAAAUACUUCAUCAGUUAUAUUAGCAUAUGUCUGGAUGUGAGAAAGAUUUGUAUUGUCAUUUGCUUAGAGCAAGUCUAACUUAAUAAAAUGUACAUAAUUCAUGGUGUUCUCUUGCAGAGAGGACUUUUAGUCAUAUGCAGUUUGUUUAUCACAGGUUAUGGUGCAAUAGAUUGCGAUUAGAGGGUACACCUCCGAUAACUCUGAUUUGCACAAGGUUUAGGACAAAAUUUUAAAGUGGAGGACUUUAUUCUUUGUUUGCCUCUGAUUUUGAAUGGCCCUCAGGGUCUAUGAAUUGUGGCUUGAUAUUCAGAUGUGAUGCUUUUUAUUUAAGAUAUUAGACAAAUUCAUUGCUGUUAAUUGCGCUGGCUGAAGACGACAGAUUAAUGAAGAUUACUUCAAAGAAUAAUCAUACUUGUUGGAAAAUGAAUGCAAAGCUACUAUAAACUUAAAAGCUUGGACUGAAAAGCCUUGUUGAUAUUCUUGCCAAGCACUGUGCCUGUACCCAUGUUCAGGGCAUAAGCUUGAAACUUUUACGUGUAUAUCAUAUUGUGUAAUCUUCAACUGCAUUUCCCCCUUAUGCCUUUCUGAAGUAAAUUUUCCAUGAUUGUGUCAUUAGGGAGUGAAGAUUGAUUUAGGUUUAAAUGUGAAAAAUUCAAGUAAAAAAAAAAUACACCAGAUUGUUUGUAUACACUUACUGUAAAUUAUCAUAUGAGGGAACCUUAAUUUAUGUGCGCUAUAUUUAUUCAUAGGCAACAUAUGGCCUUGUAAUUAAUUGCAGGGAAGGGCAUCAGUCUGGACUUUCUCUUUCUUGAUUGCUUAAAAGUAGCUCACGUCUCUUUGCAAAGUAGGGGUGGGAAUCGCAGGGUACACUGUAAAAUAAAAAAAAGUUGAGCCAACUUAAAUUUUUAAGGCAAACAGCUUCAGCAGAUUUUUGAGUUUGCUCAACUUAUUUUUGUGGGAAUAAUUUUUGUUGUAUACACUUUUGUUGUAAAAGUCUGCUGAAGCUGGUUGCCUUAAAAUUUUAAGUUGGCUCAACUUUUUUUUUACAGUGUACCUCACGAUACGAUAUAAUCACGAUACAUGGCUCACGAUAACGAUAAUAUCACGAUACAGCGAUAAUCGAUAUAUUUCUAGAAAAUCCUAUAAUGAUACAUCACCAUAUCUAAACAAAAUGCCUGUGAAAAGGUUAAGUGCAAGUUUUCUUUCUUUAUUCAAGUCCAAGCUGUUAGAAAACGGCAAAAAAAAAAAAAAAAAUAAGUUCUGUAAAUCAAUUUUAACAUGUUGAGUAGGCUAAAUUAAUCAUUUUAUUCUUGGACUUAUUAAAAGCUUACACUUUUCUUUUUCUCUGUGUGUAAACAAACAUUUAACUGCUAUCAAACAGGAAAACAAUUAGAUAGAUAGAUCGAUAUAAUAUAAACCUGGUACAUUUCAAAAUUAAUUAAUUCAAAUGUAGAUGCGGCGUAAGCAUACACUGCACACUUCUGCGCCGCAUUGUGGUUCUGACAAGGAUUUGUUUCGUUAUCCAUGCCAUGUGCAGAUUUAUGUUUCUGCCGGUCGGUGCCCACUUGUUCACGCUGCAUAACGCGCAUUUGUAAUAUCUGAGAGAGAGGGAGAGCAUUUGUUCACAUAAAACUGGACGCACCGGCGCCGCUCUCUCUCACUCAUAUAGUGAGGGAAAUCCACCCGCGAUCCGAGCGAAGAGGUUAGGCGACUCAUGAACUGAAUGUGCGCUCUGCAAUAUUAACGUGAUCGGUGCCUAUGGUCCAUGCUGAUAGCUGUUCCGGGGCAGUUUUUUAGUUUUCAUCUCCAUAAACAUAUAUAUAGCAGUAAAGCUAAUGCAGUGGCUGGAAAUCUGUUUAUUCUUCGGUUCCUCGUGCUUCCCCAUCUUCAUAGAGAACGCGGUUCAUGGAACUUGCUCAGAGUCAGAGCGGCCACGAUUUCCACGCAUUGUUAGACGCUGUGAACAGGGAAAUCUAUUUAGAGCACCUUAUUUAAAAUAUCGAUAUUUGGCGCCAGAUAUCGAUUCUCGUAUCGCAUGGAGAAAGAUCGCGAUAUAUCGCCAUAUCGAUUUAUUGUCCCACCCCUAAAGUACAAAGAUAUAGUUCAUUUAUGUGAAUCUGAUGAACUCCUAGUAGUCAGUGUCUUCUCUGUCUGGUUGAAAUUUGAUGAUUUUUCUCUGUAAGGAUUGCAGUGUUUCUUAUUCCCUGACAGCCUAUUGAUUGUUCUCAAGGACAUGGGCGGAUAUGAUUCUCCCUUUAAAUCACAUGUCAGUAGCUAUGGAUAUGACCUUCAAGGGUUUCUGUCAGAAUGCUGUGGGCAUCCAGAUCUUUUUGAUGGAUUUAUGGUGCCACAGAAUCAGGUGGCGUGGCGUGAUUGCUGCCACUUACUGAAUAUUAUUUUACUUGAAUAAUGUUAGGUGAAUGGCCAUUUUCUGUAACACUCUGAUUAAUAUUAUGUAGAAUAAUCCACAAGCACGUGACCUAUCCUCUGUCGAACGCCAACUGCUGCUGCUAAAUCAUUUCUAUGGGGAAAAAAUGGUAGAACACCAUGGAAUUUGGAAAAUUCCAAAAGGCUGUGUCGGUUCUGGUAGGCUAUUAAAUAAUCAUAUUGGUUUUUGCAGCAAUUAAUACAUAAAAAUAUGAGUAUUUUUAAGAACUUGUUCUUAUUUUGUGUCUAUAGUGUGUGAAGACAACAAUGAAUUUCCUUUUAACAAUAUGUUAUUAUAGAUUUGUGCCUACAGUUAUUGUGUUAAGAAAGAAUAUCAAAUAAAGAGGCUUGUUUUGA